AUGUUUGCCAGAGCUGGGGCCGCAGGGUUGUCGGUUGUUCGUACGUGGGUUCACACAAACGACCCUAAAUUUCCGUUUCAGACAGGUCCUGGUGUGUACAACGAACAAGCUUUUCAGGCCUUGGACUUCGUGAUUGCGGAGGCGCGCCGCUCUGGCAUAAAGCUUCUACUUAGCCUUGUUGACAACUGGAAGUACUACAAUGGGGUAGAUCAGUACGUCGAUUGGAGCACAACAGCAGAACCUCGAACGCAAGCCCGUCCUUCACACGACUGGGGAGAUCCUGACCCUAAGAGGGGCCAGGAUGCAGCUCAGGAGCUCUACGAGCUGAGGCGCCACGCUCUGUUCUUCAACGACACCUCAUGCCGGAAUCUCUACAAAAACCAUGUCUACGCCGUUGUCAAUAGAAGAAACACGUUCACUGGGCGAUUGUAUAAGGACGACCCCACCAUCAUGGCUUGGGAACUGCUCAAUGAGCCACGCUGCGAAACGUGGAGCGUACCGCAGUGCGAAGCCAUUCUCCAGAAUUGGAUAGAAGUAAUGUCCGCCUACGUCAAAGAGGUGGACCCAAACCAUUUGGUCACAAUAGGAUCAGAGGGAUUCUUUGGCUCUAGCUCAUCUCUGGCACACAUGAAUCCAAAGAGCUGGGCGGGGGACAUGGGGCAAGACUUCGUCUCCAACAACGCAGUAAAGGGAAUUGACUUCUCAACUAUCCAUGUGUGGCCGGAUCACUGGGACAGGCAUGAUGACGAGUUCCAAGCGAAAUGGAUUUUGGGCCUUGCAGAUAUAUCGGCCCGAGUCCUGCAUAAGCCGAUGGUGGUUGAGGAAUUCGGCAAGAAGCUUCCAAUUGACGGACGCCACCUGGAUAACAUUUUGAGACUCCGCGACCCGGUGUUUCAGGAAACUUAUUCCGCCAUCGAGAAAUCGUUGGUAAAUGGCCUGGCGACCGGGGGCUCCAUCUUCUGGAGGUGGGACCUGCCAAUGUUUGAAGGAGCGGGAAGAGGCGAGUACGGGGUCGCACCUGAGGAUUCGACAUUUGAUUUGGUCACCCAACACGCCACUUUCGUCAACCGCUGGACCACGUCCCAGCCGCCGGAGCGCCACUGCAAGUGUGAAUGCUGGAUUCCUCACUCGGAUGUAUUCACGCGAACGUGCAAGAACCUCCCCAAGGUGUGUGAUGCGUAUUGGGAGGUGAUGGCAGGAGCAAACGAACUGAACUACACUGCGGCACUCAAUGCCUUGCAGAGGACAGAAGUGCAGCUAGGUCACCGGUUGAUCGCCCUGCGCGGGCUUCAAGUGUACGGUACCAAGUCGGAUUGCUGCCAUCCGGGACUGGGAGCCUUUCCCAAGGGUUGCACUUGGUAUCCGUCGUUUUCGGCUUGA